UAAGAUGGUAGAAUGGUAGCUGAUUGCUUUGGUCGUCCUUUUCCGGUUUUCAAUGCGAAUGUCUUACUAACCAAUCAGAAAGAGAAAGAAAAUUUUCUCAAAUAAAAAACUGGGUUUGGUUACAUUGAUAGCAUGGUGAGGGUUAGGAACGUAUGCCCAAAAAGACAAAUUGGGACGGAACAACCAUGGUUAGGUAGUUAAAAGCUCUGAAAGAGGAAAGGAGUGGUUGAGACUGUGAGACACUCCAGAACCCACAUAGAAGAAAGGACUACAAACUCAAAAAAAAAAAAAAAAAAAAAAAAAAAAAAAAAGACCCUUUUGCUUUUCAAUCAAUUCCCUUCCCAUUCCCACACCACACUACCAUUUCGGUUUGCUUUGUAAUGGAGGGAGUUGAAGUAGCUAACAAGCAAGUGAUAUUCAAAGGGUUUAUAGAUGGGAUUCCAAAAGAGACAGACAUGGAAGUGAAGGUUGGGAAGAUUGAGCUCAAGGCUCCAAAAGGGUCUAGUGCCCUUCUGGUUAAGAAUCUCUACCUCUCUUGUGAUCCCUAUAUGAGGGGUCGUAUGCGUGAGUUUUAUGAUUCUUAUAUUCCCCCAUUUGUUCCUGGCCAGGCACUUGAAGGAUUUGGGGUGUCCAGAGUUAUUGAUUCGGAUAAUCCAGACUACAAGCCUGGCGAUUUCAUCUCGGGGAUUACUGGAUGGGAAGAGUACAGCUUGGUUCAUAGAACAGGACAGCUAAGAAAAAUUCAUCCUGAUGACAUCCCUCUUUCAUUUAAUGUGGGCCUUCUAGGUAUGCCAGGUUUUACUGCCUAUGCAGGAUUCUUUGAGGUCUGCUCACCUAAGAAAGGGGAAUAUGUAUUUGUUUCUGCAGCUUCAGGAGCAGUUGGCCAGCUUGUUGGCCAACUUGCAAAGUUGCAUGGUUGCUAUGUAGUUGGAAGUGCUGGCUCAAGCCAAAAAGUUGAUCUAUUGAAAAAUAAGCUUGGGUUUGAUGAAGCUUUUAAUUAUAAGGAAGAGACAGAUUUGAAUGCAACUCUGGAGAGAUAUUUCCCACAAGGCAUCGACAUCUACUUUGACAAUGUGGGAGGAGACAUGCUUGAUGCUGCACUUCUCAAGAUGAAGCCUUUUGGCAGGAUUGCUGUCUGUGGAAUGGUGUCUCAGCAGAGCCUCUCUAAAACCGAAGGGAUACACAACUUGUUCUGUCUCAUAUCAAAGCGCAUAAGAAUGCAGGGAUUUCUCCAAAGCGAUUAUUUGGACUUAUUUCCGCAAUUCUUGGAAUAUGUUAGCAGUUACUACAAGCAGGGGAAGAUUGUGUACAUUGAAGACAUGAAUGAGGGCCUGGAAAAUGCUCCAUCUGCUUUUGUUGGGCUUUUUUCUGGGAAAAAUGUUGGUAAGCAGGUUGUUCAUGUUGCCGAUGAAUGAUUUUGUUGGCCAUUCAUAUGCUGUGUUGGAAAGUUGAAGCAUCUGCCAGAUGAAGGAGUUUAUGCAGAUAAUACAAUUUGAAAUCUUUACUGUGACUGGUGGUUGCAGAAAUUAAAAUUAUUAAGGCCUAGGUUGCAUACUUUAAUCUUGGUAAUUACUCAAUUUAAAGUUAGGCUAAGUUUUGUAAUAUUCCUUACAUUUUAGCUAUAGCUUGUACUCGGUCAAUUGAUUCUGAGCACUCACCUCAGGUGAAAUAUUUUAUUUUGUUUCUCUUUAUUUGACCUUUUA